GAGAGACCAACCUCAGUAAUCUAAGAGACCAAAAAAUAUUUAAGCCUUCAAAUUCAAAUGGGAGAGAAUUGCCGUCCAAAAUAUCCAAAUCCAAAAGGAAAAUGAUCACCUAGGCCAAAUAUGACCUUGGAAUAAUGAGUACAUGACAGUAAUAUAAUCAUAGUUAAUUAAUUUUCUUACUCUAAUUUCCAUAAGCUAUUCUUAGUUGUUAUUUUCUUUAUAACAUUUCAAUCUUUCCGUUACCAAUAUUCAUGCAAACGGCAAUUGAUUCCAGAUAUAUAUACUCCUUUAAAAAAACAUUAACAUAUGUCAUUGUAACCAACUAACAUAAUUAUUUUUUAAAAGAAGGUUCAUCAUUUUGAUGAUACUAUAUAAGGAACAAGCUUGUAAGAAAUAGGUGCUAAUACAACAAAUUUAGAUUCAUCAAUCACCUCCUAAGUGUUACAUAAUGGGGACAGAAGCCAUAAGGUAUGCUGUUGUGACAGGAGCAAAUAAGGGAAUUGGUUAUGGAAUAUGUAAGAAACUUGCUUCAAGUGGUGUUGUCGUUGUGUUAACAGCUAGAAAUGAAGAGAGGGGCUUGGAAGCAGUAGAAAGACUAAAAAAUGAGUUUGAUUUCUCUGACUUUGUGGUUUUUCAUCAGCUUGAUGUUGAUGACCCUGCUAGUGUUGCAUCUUUAGCUUCUUUCAUUAAAACCAUGUUUGGGAAACUUGAUAUCUUGGUGAAUAAUGCAGGUGUUCCUGGGGGCAAAUUAAUAGAUGGUGAUGCUCUACUUAGAAAGAGAAAUGGAGCAGAAAUUGAUACCAAGGAAAUAGGGUAUGAAACCUAUGAGUUAGCUGAAAAAUGUUUGAAAACAAACUUCUAUGGAGUAGAAAGAGUAACAGAAGCUCUUGUUCCUCUUCUUCAACUAUCCACUUCUCCAACAAUUGUCAAUGUUUCCUCCAGAGCAGGACUAUUGAAAAAUAUAUCAAAUGAGUGGGCUAGAAUAGUGUUUAAUGACAUUGAAAACCUAACAAAGGAAAAAAUAGAUGAGGUGCUAAAAGAGUUUGAGAAAGAUUACAAAGAAGGAUCACUAGAGAUCAAAGAUUGGCCAACUUUUGCUUCUGCUUAUACAAUGUCAAAAGCAGCUUUAAAUGCUUACACAAGGAUAAUGGCCAAGAAAUAUCCUCAUUUUCAUAUAAACUCUGUGUGUCCUGGCUUUGUCAAGACUGAUAUGAAUAACAAUAUUGGAAACUUAAGCAUUGAUGAAGGUGUUGAAACUCCUUUAAUGUUGGCACUAUGGUCAAAUAAUGGUCCUUCUGGUUGUUUCUUUAAUAAGGGUGAAGUAAUAUCCUUUUGAUCAUUAUUAUCCUAAUAGUGUUCUUAUAUUCUAGAAAUGAAGUGACACCCUUUUGAUCAAAAGUUUAUGUUAUGUAUCCAAGAGAAUGAAUAAUAGGCCAUAUUCAUGUUAGGAAAUCAAGUUUGAACCUAGCACAACAAAAAUAAAAUGGCACAUUGAUGGGAACAAAUACAAUCCUACUAUACACUUUUGAAUUUGCA